AAAUAUCUCCUACUUUUGCUCCGGACAAAGGCUGUCAAACAAAAUGUGGGGGUAUUAGCGUCUCUUUUCCAUUCGGGCUAAAAGAGCGUUGUUACAGAAGCCAGGCAUUUGCUCUUACAUGCAACGAGACAUCCAAACCUCCCACUCUCUUCUUCCACCGCUAUUACAUAGUGCACAAUAUCUCGUUGGAGGAAGGACAACUGGUAGCCAGCGCACUGAACACAACACCAACCAUUAGUUAUUUCGGUUCUUACAUUUAUUACUACAGCUACUUUUUUUCAUAUGAAACUGGACCUUUCGCUCGACUUGAACAGCAGUCCAUCUUUAGUUGGGUAAUUGAGAUUCAGCAUUGCGAGGAGGCCAGACAGAACAAGGACACAUUCGCAUGUGUCGACAAAAACAGUGUAUGUGAGGACAUUACCAAAACUUCUAACGAAGAUAGUUGGGGAUAUCGUUGCAAUUGCGCUAAAGGUUAUCAAGGAAAUCCAUACAUUGCCGAUGGAUGUAAAGAUAUUGACGAGUGCAGCGGUCCCAACAAUUACGAUUGCAAUGGGACAUGCAUAAAUACGAUAGGUGGCUAUGAAUGCCUUCCUCCUGACAAAAAACAGACAGUUUUGUUAGGUGUCAUAAUCGGUGUAAGUCUUGGCAGUGGCUUAUUGCUCUUAAGCAUAAGUUUUAUCAUCCUAAGAAGGAAAUGGAAGAUAAGAAAGCAAAAGAAAAUAAGAGAGAGACACUUCCAGCAAAAUCAUGGACUACUAUUACAACAGCUAAUCUCUUCUAAUGAAGACGUUGCUGAGAGGACAAAGAUAUUUUCUCUAGAAGAGAUAGAAAAGGCAACUAAUAAUUUUGAUGAAACUCGAAUACUCGGCCACGGAGGACAUGGUACAGUUUAUAAAGGAAUUUUGUCGGAUCAACGUGUAGUCGCCGUAAAGAAGUCCAAAAUAGUAAAGAAGAGUGAGAUAGAUCAAUUCAUCAAUGAGGUUGUAAUUCUUUCUCAAAUUAAUCAUAGAAACAUCUUAAGACUUUUUGGAUGCUGUUUAGAAACAGAAGUUCCCUUAUUAGUCUAUGAAUUCAUCUCCAAUGGAACCCUUGCAGACCAUCUCCAUGUUUCAUAUGGUAAUUCUGCAUUAUCAUGGGAAGCUCGUCUGAGGAUCGCUAUAGAAAUUGCCGGAGCACUUGCCUAUCUACACUCAGCUGCUUCAAUAUCAAUUUUACAUAGAGAUGUUAAGUCAUCAAAUAUUCUUUUGGAUGAUCAUUUCAUGGCAAAAGUAUCGGAUUUUGGAACCUCAAGAUUUAUCCCGCUUGAUGAAACUCAUAUAAUUACUGCUAUCCAAGGCACCUUUGGAUACUUAGAUCCAGAAUAUUACCAGACUAGUCAAUUGACGGAGAAAAGUGAUGUUUAUAGCUUCGGGGUCAUUCUUCUGGAGCUUUUGACCGGAAAGAAACCUGUUUUCUCCAUUGAACAUGAGAACAAGCAAAACCUAUCGAUGUAUUUUCUUCAAGCAAUGAGAGAGAAGCAUUCUUUUGAUCUCGUAGAAGAUCGUGUCAUGAAAGAAGGA